AUGAAGAAUGUACCGCUAAACCAUCGACAUUUAUUCAACCAGUCAUCCAAAAGAGCCCUUCUUACAGAUCCCUCUAUUCCAAAGAAGAAAAGGAGAUACACUAAGAGAAACAUUCAACAAACUAAAAACAUACCAGCACUCAUGGAGUUGGAGCUGCCAAUUCCACCAUCGUUCAACGCAGAGAUGAGAGGACCAGGACAUGUGGAACCCCCCUCAACAACUGCUUUAGAUCUGACGAAAGAUGUCACUAAUGGUCAAGAACCAGCACCCAAACCAGCACCUCCAGGACCUGCGGAUCCUCUUCCAGACACCCCUCCGGCUGAGACAAGCAAUAAGGAAACCCUGGAAGGAGACCUCCAGCUUAGUGAGUCCACAAAGUCUGAAAAACAAGAAGACGAGUUGUCAUUAUUUACGGAUGGUGAAAUUGACCCAGUAGAACCGAGUACCGAAGAAACAAUUCCCAAUGCCAAAAAUGUAACCACUCAGGUUUCAGAACCAAGAACCCCAUUAAUGGACAAGAAGUCAAUUAAACUACUUACCCUGGAAGCCCAACAAACGGAAACAAUAACCCUGGACAUUGGAGGACAAAUUUUUAAAACUUCUAAAACCACGUUGCGGGCGGACCCAUCAUCUAUUUUAGCUCUUCUAAUCUCUUCGGAAAACUACUCUUCAGACAGAAACCAGCUCUUCUUAGACAGGAACCCGAAACACUACCUUUUUCUUCUGGAUUACUUACGGAAUAACUUCAAACUACAAACUUCAACCCUGCCGAAGGACCUACCAACCCUACAGGAGAUUUUGAUGGAAGCAAAAUUCUUGGAAUUAGACGACCUCGUCAAGGUAUUGGAAAACCUAUUGAAGGAUUCGUGUUAUUAA